UAGAGGAUCCUCUUAAUCAACGCUUUGCUUUUGUUUCUGAUAGCUGCAUCCCUCUUUACAAUUUCAACUAUAUAUAUGACUAUAUCAUGUCAACCAGAACCAGUUUUGUAGACAGCUUUGCUGAUACAAAAGAUGGCCGCUACAAUCCAAAAAUGGAUCCUGUUAUUCCUGUACAAAACUGGAGAAAAGGAUCUCAGUGGGUUGUAUUGACGAGGAAGCAUGCAGAGGUUGUAGUGAAAGACAAUACAGUGUUUCCUAUGUUUCAGUUGUAUUGUAAGAGGAAGUCGUUACCUGAGUUUUGGCGGGAUCAUCCUGUUCCGGCCGAUAACUCCAAGGAGCACAAUUGCAUUCCAGACGAGCAUUAUGUUCAGACAUUACUGGCUCAAGAAGGCCUUGAAGGAGAAAUCACACGAAGAUCACUGACACACUCAUCAUGGGAUUUAUCAUCCACUGCAGACCGUGAACGCCGUGGAUGGCACCCUAUGACAUACAAAUAUUCAGAUGCUACUCCCAUGCUUAUUAAAUCUAUAAAGGAUGUAGAUAAUAUCUACUAUGAGACCGAGUAUCGAAGAGAAUGGUGUAGCAGCAAGGAGAAACCCUCUCCAUGCUUUCUUUUUGCCAGAAAAUUUACCCGGCCUGCUGCUCUCAGGCUUCUCAACACGACUACACUGGAGCUUAGAUGAAGGACUAAAUUCUAACUGUUGUCAAGUUUACUGUCAGCA